CCUUUUCAGACUUCUCUCACUCGGACAAGCUCGAACCCAAUAUUCUACGGAGUUAUGUCUACCACGAACAAGUUUCAGGCCGGUGAAUCAUACGGUGAAGCGCGGAAGAAAUCAUCCUCAAGCUUUCUGUCGGACCCCGUUCGGGUUGCAUCUGACCUCUUCAAGGACUAUGCUACCCUUCGGAGCGAGGCGUCCCUAACGGAGGUGGUUGGUCUUAUCAAAGGUAUCAUGAAUGAAGGUGAGCCGAUUGAUGACAAAAAAGGGUAUUGAAAGUUGCCAACCGGGAAGCGCUGUCCAAGUCUAACGGGCCAACAGGACACCGGAG